AUGUAUGAUUACGGAGUCCAGCGCAGUCGUGUUGCACAUACUGCACGUACAGCAGCCAGCACACACAUUGGUAGCGAUCCUUCACGGAGGUAUGUAUGUGCCCAACGCGGGCAGUGGGCCGCCUCGGUGACGAAGAGGGGACUCGGUCAGGUGAUGGCGCCAAGACCCUCAGCGCGCCGCCUAUCGAUAGGCAUCUUAUCGGCCAAAUCAGCAUCAACUGACUCAUUAUCGGCACUCAUGUCUGUCAUACUCAUGGCCGUCUUCCCCUUGCGUCUGCCACGGUGCCACAGUCGCCUAGAUGCUCCGAGUGAGCCGAGUGAGCCCGGCCAUGGAAUCCUUCUCGAGUUCGGAGCAAAGUUUGCAGCAUGGCUCGGUUAUGCUGCAGAAGACACACCACAAUCCGCCCAUGAUCUGUAA